CAAAGUCAUCACAAUUAAACAUUUUACAGUUUGGAAGUACUGCGAUCAAUAUCGCGCCCCGAUAAGAUCAUGGAUUAUUUGCAUGAGCUCUUGUAUAUAUAUAAAUAUUUUGACCACGUAAUUGUCAGCCCUGUGAACCUUACAUCGUCGGUAAAAUCGACUCCGAGCUUGAGCCGAGAGUCAACCCCGCUUAUUCCUCCCAGCAGUGGAAAUCAUUUCUUGACCUCAUGUCUCGGUAGACAGAAUACGCAAUAUGAGCAGUACAGUUCACGAGAUUGAUCCAGAUGGAGAUGUUGUGUUGAUCCUGCGGAAUCCCAACGCACCUUUCGCGGUUUGGGGCGAAAUUGUAGAGCCGCUUGCCGCUCCAGCAUUUGAUCCAUCUGACCUUCAACUCCUGACCUGGGCGUCGGGGGUAAAGAAGAGUAAGAAUAACAAGAAGAAGAAGAAGAAGAAAAACAGAGGCAUCCCCCCAUUCAAGUCACUGGAUCCCGGUGAUGAACCUGUGCUUCUAUCUAAAGAGCCUGCACCCGCGGAACCUCCGCUUGAGGACGUAACCUUCCCGGAAGACGCAACCUUCCCCGAAGAUGCACCCUUCCCCGAAGAUGCACCCUUCCCCGAAGAUGCACCCUUCCCCGAAGAUGCACCCGAGCCUGAAGACGUACCCGCCCCUGAUGCUACUACUGCCGACAACGAUCCAUCUGAUUCUAUCCCUGAGGAACUUCCUUCAGAACAGGAAGUCGAAGUGCGUAUACGACUUUCCUCUAAACACUUAACAUUGGCUUCUAUAUAUUUUAAGAAAAUGCUUCAAGGCCCAUGGAAAGAAAGCGUUGCUUCGCCCGACUCAUGCCAUACGAUCGACGCGUCUGAGUGGGACGCUGAAGCAAUGUUGAUCUUGAUGAACAUCAUUCAUGGCCGUGCCCGAAGGGUCCCCAGAACUAUCAGCCUAGAGAUGCUUGCUAAGCUUGCCGUCCUCGUUGACUACUAUGACUGUCAUGAAGUGGUUACAUUGUUCGUGGAGGUCUGGGUCCAAAACCUGGAAACCAUUCCAAAGGAGUACUGCAGAGAUCUUAUUUUGUGGCUUGUUGUUUCCUGGGUUUUUUCCCUAGGAACUCAGUUCGAGACUAUAACGAAAGUUAUUCUAAAAGAGAGCGACGAACCAUUUCAAACAUUAAAUCUCCCGAUUCCGCAACGUAUAAUUGAAAUCGUUGAUCAACAGAGACAAGAACUCGUAGAACAGAUUAUCUUUGGACUUCAUAACCUUGUCUCAUACUUCUAUCGACGAGACAAUUGCUCAUUCGAGUGUUCUUCAAUGUUAUUAGGCGCACUUACUAAGGAGAUGCAUUCUAAUGGUCUUCUCGAUCCAAAGCCUACAAGACCGUUUCUAGGGUAUAGUGUCGCGAGGACAACAAUGACUGUACGAGAUUUCACGUCGCCGAAAUGGUGUAGUCUUAGGACAUCGAACGGUUUUGGGAGAUCUUUUAACAACGCACACCAGUGUACUCUUGCUGCCUUUAUGGAUCCCACUGUUAGCAGCUUGGUGGACGGCAUAGAAGGACUGAAGCUGAAGGAUUUUCAGUCCUGAUGGGGAUAUUUUGUAUAGCUUCUCCAGACCAUUUUCCUCUGCGUGUUUAAAGUCAGGGAGAUUCAGGACUUCAUCUACCCAAGAAACAAAGUACGGAUAUGUUACGAACAUGGUGUAAGGAGUUUGAAGCAGAACUGUACGACACAGACUACUGGAGGGUCUAGGAUCACGUGAUAUAUCACGAUAUAUCACCAAAAGUGCAAGAGUGAUCCAAAUGAUCCAAGUGAGCCAACACCUGGGAUCACGAUGGAUCACCAAGGAUGCAGAGUGGUCGAAGGUGAUCCAGGAGAAUAGUGAAGAAGACGGAUAUAUAAGAAUGGUUAUUUCCUAUGUAUAUUUCCUACCUAGACAGUCUCUACUUCAGUGAUCAAUCUAAGCAGCUGUCCUCUCCUGAUAGA